AGCUAUGCUACAAACAGUGACGGAAAUAGGACGCAAUUUAUCAAAUGAAACCAUCUCUCAGAGGAAUUCAAUUGAGAUCAGUGGAGAAGAUAUCUCGUGGAAUAGAUCAAACCCGAUUCCUUCUGGUCAACAGCGUCGAAACAGCACAGGCAGUACCCCUCGCUUAAUUCGUCACGUGUCUAGCCGUGUCACUUCACCUGCUCCUAUAGCGCAAAGUCGAGUGUCAUCUCCAUCUCGUUUUUCAGUAGCACUUGUAUCGGGAUCUGCUUUUCACGUACCCAUUCAAGCUCCAUCGCCGGGUCGUCACGUGCCACACCGUGUCGCAUCUCCUCCCCGACUCGCACCUAGUCGUUCUGUAUCACCCACCCGUAACCAAACAAGCCUAUUAUCGACUCCAGUUCGACACCUGGCAACUCGCGGUUUAUCUUCUGCUCAACUGCCAUCCAGUAGAGGAAAUUCACCUGCUGGGCGAGUGCCGCGCCGUAGAGCCGCAAAUGCAGGACGGGCCAUUGGUCGAGAGACAACACCAAGGGAUAAUUUGAUAAUCGCAAACGUUCAUGCAACGCCUAGGAGAUACAGAAAGGCUAAUGGUGUUGUCAACUCAGCACAGCACUCUGUUCCUAACAGAGCACAGCAAAUCGCUGCCCAAACGUCAGCCAGUUAUGGUGGUGCACUCAGCGAAGGGGAUGGCGCAGGAUUUCUGAGGACUUUAGAUAGUAUCCCAACACAUUCGGGAUCAAGGAGUGCGUACGAUUUUGUCGACGCUAGUAAGCGGAAACCUUCGAAACGCAAGAGAAAUGCCAGACAAUUUGAUAUCAAGGAUAUAGACCUUUCUGCACUUGAAGAGCAAGAAGUAUUAAACGAUCAAGUUGACGGCAAGCCCUGGCUCCCAACUGGAAUCUAUGCAGUGUUCUUAAUUACACUGUGGACUGCUGUUCUGAAGCUUAGUGAUGGUGUAGAAACAAACGGUCCUGUUACUUGCUCUGCUGGCGAAGAAACUCGUCUUUGGAUAUGCGCCGCCUCCUUCUCGCUUGCACAAGGUCUCGCUGAAGCUUUUUGGCAACGAAAAAACAUGCUUAAAGUCCUUUUUAGUAUGCUGUGCCUCUUUGCGUAUUUCGUCAUUUUGCAUGUGCAACCGCUAUCAUGUCGGUUCGGAGAGGACAGAGUCACAGAUAUAAGCAAAUGGCAGUCUGCUAUAAAUUUUUUUGUGAGUGCGUUGUUAGGAUUGGGAAUUUAUAAGCACAUUUUGGAAACGAUACAAAACCAAAGAAUAAUCAAAGAAAAAAGAAUUCAAAAGGGGCAAUGGGAAGAGGCUGAGGACUCAGAGUUUGAGGGAUUACCAGAAGGUAUAAUAUAACUGAGUGAGUUCCUAGAUACAUCAUGACAAGAAGCUGAUGUUCAGUCAGUACGUUGCAGUCAACGCCCUCAUACAACUUUCAUCAUGGAAUAUUAAACUUGGCCGAGAAGAAACUCUGCGAAAUGACAGACAUAGAAGCGUUGGAGCAAAAAGUUUCCAACAAUUUUUCCGUUUCAGCAGCUAGCAAAGCGAAGUUAUUUUAAGAACGCUAUAUCCAAACUGAAACUAAUAAUUGCCUAUGAAUAAAGCGGGUACGUUUCUUAAGAAAAAGUGGUGCUGCGUCGGUGGAUGGUAUUAUAAGAUGAUUUGCUUUUAUCAACUGAGUUGAUAAUGUAAAUUAGCCAUUAUAAAGAGUUUCUUAAGCUGAGG